AUAUAAAAUAAAAUUAUAUUAUGAGCGUUUCGGAGGGGUCCGAUGAAUCGGAGCUUUCAUUUCCGGAAGAUGAGGACGAGGGACCAAAUAUUGGCAAAUACAUUGGUGGACGCAAUGCAGCAGGAUAUCGCCAUGGACGCGGCUGGGCCAUUCUGCCAAAUGGUGAUCAGUACGAUGGCAAUUAUCGUAAGGGCCGUCGUCAUGGCAUCGGGCUUUAUGUAUUUAAGAAUGGUGCUCGAUAUUACGGACAAUAUCGCUGUGGUGUUCGCUGUGGUCGCGGCAUAUUCAUUUAUCCCGAUGGCUCUGUCUACGAAGGAAACUGGCGCAAGAAUCUGAAGCACGGCAAGGGCCGUUACAAUUAUGCCAAUGGGGAUACGUACUCGGGUGAUUGGUACAAGGGCCUUCGUCAUGGUGUUGGCAUCUAUAGUUUCAAAACCGACAAGGAUAACUGCUGCAUGACAGUGCGCCUAAAGUCCACUUGGAACACCAAUGUACGCAUGGGUCCCUUCGAGAUGUACAUUGGCAAUGAUGACAAAUGCACCAUCUUGCAUGGUAUUUGGGACAAUCUCUUUCCGACAGGACCUGCCGUCUUUAGCUUUGACAAUCGCUAUAUGCUGCUUGGUUACUUUUUGCCGGCCGAUUAUAGUUUCAAAAUUGUUCGAUCUUCCGGUGAGCUUGCCGAGGACGAAUUCAACCAAGAUGCUGAAGAAGAAGAGGCCGAAAUUGAGGAGCCAAUGCCCACAUUGUGGUUUGCCCAGGAGAUCGCUGUCUAUGAUUAUUCAAUACUGCCUCAAGAGCCGGUACCACUGCCCAUUUCCGAUUCGGAGCUAUCUGUAUGCUCGCUGACCACAGAGCCGAGCGUCCAAAGCCAAGAAAAGAUCAGCUUCUAUGGCGAGGGCGAGGAAGCCGAAGGCGAGGGCGAGGAGGGUGAAAUGGAAUGCUUCCCUUGCGAGUGCGACUAUGAUCUCAGUGAUGUUGAAUCUGAAACCGAAAUAUGCAAAAUCGAUGCCAACCCAUGUGCCAUUGAAGUGCUCAAACAGCCCGAGUGCCCCAAUCCGUAGUGUUAAAGAGCUGUUGGCGAUCUUUAAUUUAAUUUAAUUUGUUCUGUGUAAAAUGCCAGCGUCUUGAAAAUAUUAUAAAGCUACUGAGCUACUAAAUUAUUA